ACGUCACUGCGCUCAAUUUGUACUGCUGUUAAUCUACGGCCGGCGAUAAAGUUCAAACAUCGCAUCGUGACACAUUAUUUAUGUACGGCCGUGGAGUUGGUAAACAGUGAUAAUUGUUGCAAUUCAAGGGAAUGGAUUAGAGAUUCAGUCACGCCAACAUCAAUUCAUGGUACUUAUGAGGUUAGGAUUCAGAAUUUAAAUAAUAAUUUAAUUUCAAUUUUACCAUGUCCGGCCACGGAAAAACAGAGAUAACAGACCCCGUGGAGGAAAUGCUCAAGAAAACCGGCUGCCUCGAACUGCAUUACAACGUUCAAGAGUGUAUCGCCGAUAAAAAGGACUGGAGGAAAUGCCAGGACCAAGUGACCGAGUUCAAGGAGUGUAUGCAACGUUACCAGCAAAAAAAGGGUGCGACAUCCCCUUAACAAAUAUUACAUAACAUUUUACCAUGGGCAUU